CGUUUUUCCACUGUGGUCCAACUUGGAAUAUCCUCGUCGCCUUUCUAAUAUCCGUGGGCUCGUACCAGACUACCGAGAAAAAUUAUAUAUUAAAAUCAUUAUUCGUUUCCCACACAUUCAUUUAAAAAAAAAUUUUUUUUUUUUUUAUAAAUCUUUGUUCAAUUCUCAAGAGAAAAGUUAGUUUGUAGAAGCAUGUUUUGCGACAAGAAGGAGACAGACAAAAAAAGAAGAGAUUCGAAAGGAUAAAAAGAUUUAACGAGUUAAUUUUCCUUUUAAUGGACACAAAAAGUUCACCUGCAAAGCAAGGGAGGGAAAGGUCGUCGAAAUUCCAGGGGAAGGGGAUAUUGCGGAACGCGCAACCGGCGCAAACAACGCGCUCUAGCGCUCGCGCGUCGAGCUAAGCUUCCUCCGAGAGGAAGUUGCAUACUUCUACGUUCCAGGUGGAAUACGACGUUAUACGGCGAACGCGAGGAGUUCACGCUUCUUUUUCCACCAUUCUUCGUUACGUAUUACAGUUCCGAGUGACGCUCGCGAGUGAUGGGGAAGACGAGGACGGGCAAGGCCGCCGUCGCGUGUACGGCGGUAGCGUUCGUUCUGGUGGUGAUCGCGUUCACCACACCCAAUUGGCUGGAGACCGACGGCAAAUUGGAUAAUCCACAAUUCGUCAAGAUUGUACUGUUUGCAGGUCUCUGGCAGGUGUGUUUCCAAGGAUUCCAGGAUCCGCGUCACCUCUACGAUACCAGAUUCUAUGGAUGUUGGUGGGUGUUUGAGGAGGAGUAUUACAUCAUACACGACAUACUUCUGCCCGAUUUCUUCGUCGCCACGCAGUUCUUCUUCACGCUGUGCUUCACCUUGUUGCUGAUAGGAAGUUUCCUGACUAUUUUAUAUACUUGUUGCUCGCGUCAUCAUGACAAGUAUCAGCUGCUCCUGUGGGCAACCGGUGGCAAUUUAACUUUGGCAGGAAUAUGUGGUGUCAUAUCGGUGAUUAUAUUCGGCGCCAGGGGCGAUGGACGAGAUUGGAUGCCCAAUUGGGAACACAAUGAUAUCAGUUGGUCCUUCGCCUUAGCUGUCGUUGGCAGUUUUGUCCUGAUAGCCGCUGGUGUCCUAUACUUGAUCGAAGGACGUAGACACAAGAAGAAACAGGAGCGAAUAUUGAACGAGGAACAAAAAACGCAUACAACCAUUUAGCAUAUUUUCAUAUCGUAAUCGAAUAAAUAUUCGCGAUCUAUCAAAUGAUCGCGUAAGCGCAAAUUUUAUCCACUGAACAUGUAUCAUGGAUAAAAAUAUUGAAGACUAAUAAUUUUAUAUUAAUUGUUACGCAUCUUUACUCAUCGUAACGUAGGGUCUGUCGAUAUAUUAUCUAUAAGAUAUAUACAUAUUUUAAAUAUAUAGAGACUAGGAGUCGUUGACUUUCGUUGACAAACAUUUAAAUUAUAUAAAACAUUUUCUAUAAAAAAAAUGCACGACUAG